AUGUCAGGCUUCGACUCGGGCCGUGUCUUCUCGGCACAAGCCCUCGCCGGAUCAGAGGCAUCUCGCGCCCCUGAUGCUCCCGCACAGACCGAACAGACUCUCUUCAACUUUGUUCAGACUUUCCGCACAGGCAACGAUUACAUCUACCGUGAUCGUCUACGAGCCAACCUGCUCGCAAAGCAGUACGUUCUUGAGGUCCAACUCGAACACGUCCAGCUGUGGAGCAACGACCUUGCUCAAGCUCUCCGCGACACACCUUCCGACAUCCUCCCGCUCUUUGAAUCGGCAGUCAAACGCGCGGCUCGUGCCAUCCUAUACCCCGUCAUCACUCGCGAUGAACAACGUCCCGAAGCACCCGACUGUCAAGUCACCUUGCGAAGUCAUGCCAACCUUACACCCAUGCGUGACUUGCACGCUGAUAGCAUCUCCCACCUUGUUCGUGUGCCAGGUAUCGUCAUUGGUACUACUACUCUUUCCUCCCGUGCGACGCAUCUGCAGAUCAUGUGCAGAGAUUGUCGCACCACAAAGGCGCUACCUGUUGUUUCAGGCUUUGGUGCUUUCACCUUGCCUCGAUACUGCGACGCGACACAGAUGGACGCCGGUGCCCCAAGGUGUUCGACCGAUCCGUAUGUGAUCUUGCACGACAAGUGCCGAUUUGUUGAUACGCAGACGGUAAAGCUACAGGAAGCUCCGGAUAUGGUGCCUGUGGGUGAGCUGCCUCGUCAUAUGCUCAUGUCUGUUGAUCGUGCGCUCUGCGGGCGUGUGGUCCCAGGCUCGCGAAUUAUCGCUACUGGCGUCUACUCGACUUUUAACAGCGCUGGCAAGGGGUCCAAGGCUGGUGCCAUUGCUCUGCGCACGCCUUACUUGCGGGUUGUGGGUCUGGAGGUCGACGCUGAAGGAGCAGGUGGUCGAGGUAUGGCACGUAUCUUUUCCGCUGAAGAGGAGGAAGAGUUUGCCCGUCUCUCAAGGACACGAGAUCUGUACGAGAAGUUCUCAGCAAGUAUCGCACCCAGUAUCUUCGGAAACCAAGACAUCAAGAAAGCCAUCGCCUGUCUGCUCUUCGGUGGAUCAAAGAAGGUCCUACCUGAUGGCAUGCGAUUGCGUGGCGACAUCAACGUCCUCAUGCUCGGUGAUCCUGGUACUGCCAAGUCCCAGCUGCUCAAGUUCGUCGAGAAGGUCUCCCCUAUUGCCGUCUACACUUCAGGCAAAGGUUCGUCUGCAGCUGGUUUAACCGCAUCAGUGCAACGUGACCCGCAAUCGCGCGAGUUCUACCUCGAAGGAGGAGCGAUGGUGCUCGCCGACGGAGGAGUCGUCUGUAUCGACGAAUUCGACAAGAUGCGAGACGAAGACCGUGUAGCCAUCCACGAAUCGAUGGAGCAACAAACCAUCUCGAUCGCCAAAGCUGGUAUCACUACCAUCCUCAACACCCGUGCAUCCGUCCUGGCGGCAGCCAACCCUAUCUUUGGUCGAUACGACGAUAUGAAGUCUCCCGGCGAGAACAUUGAUUUCCAAACCACUGUCCUCUCUCGUUUCGAUAUGAUCUUCAUUGUCAAAGACGAACACAACGAGCAACGUGAUCGAACGAUGGCGAAACACGUUAUGAACAUUCACAUGAACCGGGCCAACGAUACCACUGCAACAGGAGAAUUCGAUAUCGACCAGAUGAAGCGAUAUAUCUCCUUCUGCAAGGCAAAAUGCGCACCACGUCUCUCUCCCGAGGCAGCAGAGAAACUUUCAUCUCACUUUGUUGCGCUUCGUAAGCAAGUUGCCCAAGUGGAAAGGGACAACGAUGAACGAUCUUCCAUCCCUAUCACGGUUCGUCAACUCGAAGCUAUCGUGCGUAUCUCUGAAUCUCUCGCCAAGGUCACGCUCUCGCCAACAGUUGGUGAGGAGCACGUCGAUGAAGCAAUGCGUCUUUUCCGAUCGUCCACUAUGGACGCUGUCCAAGCUGGCAACGUUGAAGGUAUGACCCGAGGUGAACUUGCCGAAGAAUGCCAAAAACUGGAACGAGAGAUCCGAAGAAGGUUGCCGAUCGGUUGGAGUACAAGUUAUGCUAAACUUCGUCACGAAUUUGUCGAAAGUCAAGGUUACACCAAUCAUGCAUUGGAGAGAACGCUGUUCAUUUUGGAGAAGAGAGAUGUCAUAAGGUUCUCGAACCAGCGUAAGGCGUUGACUCGUACUGGUGUCUAA